GUCCUGAAGAUACUUUCGGAGAACACGCGGGGUGGGAUAUUGCUUUUUCCAUAUUAUUUAAAUCAAGCCAUGUCUUGCCUCGACUGAUCAUACAGCAACAGCAUCAUACAGCAUACAAACAAGAUGGAGCCAAUCGUCUGGGUUUUCAUAUCAAUUCUGGCCUUUUUGGUCUUUGUUAUUCGGGCUGCUCUCACCUAUGGCCAUCGUACCAAGGAUAUGCCUCCGGGGCCUCCCACCCUCCCCUUCAUCGGCAACGUCCACCUCAUCCCCAAAUCCUACACGCACAUCCAAUUCACCGAAUGGGCCCGCAAAUACGGCGGCCUCUACAUGCUCAAAGUCGGGCACAGCAACAUCGCCGUCGUGACCGACCGACGCAUCGUCAAGGAAGUCGUCGACCGGAAGAGUGCCCUCUACAGCCACCGUCCGCACUCGUUUGUCUCGCAUGAACUCAUCACAAAAGGGGACCAUCUGCUCGUGAUGCACUAUGGGCCGAAAUGGAGACAGUUUCGGCGUCUCGUGCACCAGCAUCUCAUGGAGUCGAUGGUGGAUAGUCAGCAUUUGAGGAUUGUGAAUGCCGAGUCGAUUCAGAUGGUGCGGGAUUAUAUGCGUGAUCCGGCGCAUCAUAUGGCGCAUCCGAAGAGGUGGAGUAAUAGUAUUACCAACUCAAUCGUCUUCGGAAUCAGAACGGCCAACCGCCACGGCAGCAACAUGAGCCGUCUCUACCACCUCAUGGAAGAAUGGUCGCAGAUCAUGGAAACAGGCGCCACUCCUCCAGUGGAUAUCUUCCCCUUUCUCAAGAAUCUCCCCGAAUGUUUCUUCGGCAACUACAUCACCAAGGCGCGCGGCAUCGGCACGCAAAUGGAAACACUGUAUCAAGACAUCCUGGCUACCGUCGUCAAACGGCGCGAAGCAGGCAUCGACCUCGGCACAUUCAUGGACAACGUUCUCUCUAAUCAAGAGCAGAAUCAGCUUCCUCAUCAUCAGCUAGCCUUUAUCGGUGGUGUGCUUAUGGAGGCGGGAUCCGACACGAGUUCCAGUCUGACCAUUGCGAUUGUGCAAGGGCUGAUUCAGAAUCCGGAGGUGCAGAAGCGUGCGCAUGCUGAAAUUGAUGCUGUUGUGGGCCAUGGAAGAUCGCCGGUCUGGGAGGAUUUGGCGAAUCUGCCGUAUAUUAACAUGAUUAUCAAGGAGGGACAUCGGUGGAGGCCUAUCCUGCCGCUGUGUUUCCCGCAUGCUUUGGGUGAAGACGACUGGAUCGACGGCAAAUUCCUCCCCAAAGGCACCGUCAUCAUGAUCAACACCUGGGGCAUGCACAUGGACCCCAACCAGCCACAUGAUCCCGCCAAAUUCAUCCCCGAACGCUACGAGAACCACCCCGCCCUCGCCCCCGAAUACGUCGCCGGAAAGUGGGAGAACCGCGACCACUACGGCUACGGCGUCAGCAGACGCAUCUGUCCGGGCAUCCACCUCGCCGAGCGCAACAUGUUCCUGGCUGUGGCGAAGCUGCUGUGGGCGUUUGAGUUCCAUGCGGGCGAGGGCGAGAACGAUUCGGAUCCGGUGAGUGGGUAUCAGAAUGGGUUUUUGUACUGCGCGAAGCCGUAUGGGUGUGAGACGGUGGUGAGGAGUGAGGAGAUUCGCGAGACGGUGGAGAGGGAGUUUGCGGUUGCGGAGAGGGAGGUGUUUGCUGAGUUUACCGAGGGUUGAUCUAUCUAUUUUUCAUCUUUUUGUUUUGAGAUUUAGAUUGUUUUAUGGAUUUAUGUUUGAUGAGAGUGCGGCAGAUAUUUCCUUUUUAGGGUAUACUUGCCUAUGGCAUUUAAAUACUGCGUAAUUCACAACUUGAC